AUGGCAAAGAAAGGUAAGAAGCAAGAGGUCGAAGAAGCUCCAGGAAGCGACAGCGAUUGGGAGGACACGGGCAAGAAGCCAAGCAAGAAACAGCUAGAAAAGCAGGCUAAGAAGCAGGCCGAUGCAGACAAGAAGAAAGAGCGCGAGGCCUUGCUCGCCAUGGAGGAAGAGACCCUGACCAAGUCCAAGGGUGGCAAGGGCAAGAAGGGCAAGAAAGGCGGCAUUUCUGACCUGGACGACGCCUUGAACUCAUUUAGCCCUAAAGGCACCAUCGAUGCCCACGGAGUCGAAGAUUCCCUCGCCGCCCUGUCUCUUCUUAAAAACGACGUCGUUCCAGCAAAGGAAAUUGACAGACACCCUGAAAGACGUUUCAAGGCCGCCCUGGCCGCAUACACAGACCGCAGACUCCCUGAAUUGAAAAAAGAGAACCCAGGGCUAAGAAAACAGCAACUAGAACAGCUCAUCUACAAGGAGUUCCAAAAGAGUGAUGAAAACCCAAUGAACAAAGAAACCAACAUCAGCUACAACGCGAAAACCGACGACGUGCGUAAGGUGAAGGAAACGAUCCGUGAAAAACGUACCAAGAAGUAUGAGAAAUAG